UGCACGGAACAAGUACGGAAGUAAAUGUCAGGUGAGUAGAUGAUAUACCGAGACUCAUAUUGGUAAUUGUGGAUGUCUCUCUACUUGGUAGAAAUUCGCAAUGAACGCGAAAAGGCCGAGUAAGAGCCACCAAAAAAAGCAACCAGAUCCACAAGGCAUAUCAACGGACAUCAAUAUCAAUCAAUCGAAGUGCCCUGACGUGAUGCAUCACCAGCAGAUGCAUAUCCAAAUGCUUUGGGUUCUUCUUACCCUGGCUUCUGGUUAUCUUUUGGUGAGAAAAAAGCCAGUGGUAUUCCCUCAAUCAAGGCAAUUUGCCCGGAUUCUUUGUGAGAUUAAAUGAGCUGCAUUAGGAUCUAUUUAUGGACUUUUUUUCUUUGACGUUGUACCCUCUCUCAUCCCUUGGCAACAUUUUACAUGCUGAUUGAUCUGAUGUUUCCAGUGUCAGCACGAGAAUCCUUGAAGAAGCAUCAAGGAUUAAGACGUCGUUUAGGGCUUGUUCGACCAGUCGGAAUUUAGAGAUGAUGGAAUGCUGUGCUUGCUCGGCCACUGAUACCAGCCUUGAAUUUGGGAAAACAUCGUAUUUCAUACCUGUCUUCCGGGCGCUUAGGAAGGACUCGAUCGAGCAAUGGAUGGAAAAGCGACGGAGAGCUCCCUAGUCCUUUUCCUACCGCAUGAUUCAUAUCGACAGGGUGGAAAGACGUUUGAACUUGGUUUGAAGGGACAAACGUCUGCGACCACGAGUACCGUACAUACAGUAGGUACUAGGUAGGUAGGUAUCCUUACGGCUCAGUCGUGCGUAUCAUGGUUGUACACGAAAGCGAAGCAUGCCUCAGUUCUGAGUUGAAUGAGGCUUGUAAUAUCUCAGGUCAUCGAUAAUACUACAGCGUGGAUGGAUGGAU